CUCGAGACCAGAAACCCCACUACCAACGCUCACCAUUGCUUUUGCAGUCGACCAUCCUGGUACGACAAGAUGGCAGCAUUUGGCGGCCAGACGCCUACGAUCAUAGUGCUGAAAGAAGGCACCGAUCAAUCUCAGGGCAAAGGCCAAGUCAUAUCAAACAUCAAUGCCUGCCUCGCGGUGCAAAACACGGUGAAGACCACCCUGGGCCCCUAUGGCGGCGACCUCCUCCUUGUCGACGGCAACGGCCGACAGACCAUCACCAACGACGGCGCGACCGUCAUGAAACUUCUCGACAUCGUCCACCCCGCGGCACGGAUAUUGACGGACAUUGCGCGGUCGCAAGAUGCAGAGGUCGGCGACGGGACGACCAGCGUCGUGGUCAUAGCGGGCGAAAUACUCAAGGAAGUCAAAGAGCUCGUCGAGCAAGGCGUGAGCACCCAGACCAUCAUCAAAGGCCUGCGGCGGGCGUCGGCCAUGGCCAUCAACAAGAUCAAGGAGAUUGCCGUGAGCACAACCGAGGGCAACAAGCGCGAGACACUGCGGAAACUGGCGGCGACGGCGAUGAGUAGCAAGCUCAUCCAUCGGAAUGCCGAUUUCUUCACGAAGAUGGUUGUCGAUGCCGUACUGUCCCUUGACCAAGAAGACCUGAACGAGAAACUUAUCGGUAUCAAAAAGAUCACCGGCGGUGCCUUGGAAGACUCUUUGUUCGUGGACGGUGUGGCUUUCAAAAAGACUUUCUCAUAUGCUGGUUUCGAGCAACAACCGAAAUCCUUUAAGAACCCGAAGAUCGUGUGCCUGAACGUCGAGCUCGAAUUGAAAGCGGAGAGAGACAAUGCGGAGGUCAGGGUCGAUCAAGUCUCGGAGUACCAAGCAAUUGUGGAUGCGGAGUGGCAGAUCAUCUACAACAAGAUGGAGGCACUAUACAAGACAGGAGCAAAGGUGGUAUUGAGUCGGUUACCGAUUGGAGAUCUUGCCACGCAAUACUUUGCCGACAGAGACAUCUUCUGUGCUGGACGUGUCGCCGCAGACGAUCUCGAGCGUGUCUGCCAGGCUACCGGCGCAGCAGUCCAAAGCACAUGCAGUGACAUCCUUCCGUCACAUCUGGGCACGUGUGGCAAGUUCGAGGAACGACAAAUAGGUGGCGAGCGGUACAACAUGUUCAGCGAGUGUCCGGAAGCAAAGACCUGCACGUUAGUACUGAGAGGUGGAGCCGAGCAGUUCAUCGCGGAGGUCGAACGAAGUCUACACGACGCCAUUAUGAUUGUCAAGCGCGCUAUCAAGAAUCAGACGAUCGUCGCUGGUGGCGGCGCCACUGAGAUGGAAAUUUCAGGCUAUUUGCACCGCUAUGCGGACAAGAACGUUCCUCACAAACAGCAAGCCGUGGUCAAGGCGUUUGCAAAGGCGCUCGAGAUCAUUCCCCGACAACUCUGCGACAAUGCCGGCUUUGAUGCCACUGAUAUCCUAAAUCGAUUACGUGUGGAUCACCGAAAAGGAAAUACCUGGGCUGGCGUCGACUUUGAUCAUGAAGGCGUUCGGAAUAACAUGGACGCUUUCGUGUGGGAGCCUGCGCUUGUUAAGGUCAAUGCUAUCAGUGCGGCAGUGGAGGCCGCCUGUCUCAUAUUGAGUGUCGACGAGACGAUUAAGAAUGAGGAGAGUCAACAGCCUCAGGGCCCCCAGAGAGGCUUGCCUCCUGGUGCAGCGCAGAGAGCGCUUAGGGGUCGAGGCAGAGGUAUGCCAAGACGGUGAGAAGGCUGCGGACAACGAGCCACUCGCUUAGAUCGUCGCCCUCUGCCGGCUCAAGAAGCGGAAGAAAAGUUUUUGGUUGCUGCCUGUACAAUGUGGGGAUGUAAACUUGCGUCUACUGCAAAUUAGCGAGCAUUGACAGGUCUGAUGACGGGCCUGAGGCGUACGGCAUGAUAUGACACGAAAUCAAUGAUAUCACAAGGUGCAAACACUUGUUCAGUGACAGAUUCGAAGGAACAACGAAGCUGCAGGUUGUUAGCAUGAGCCGGUGAUGAUGUCUUGCAGCAGAAGCUGGCGACGAUGGCUUCGGAACUGAGAAUGGUCAAUAGCUCUGCUUGUCCUUUGGAAGAGCAGCGUCAUCGUCGAGUAGUGGAAAGACCUCGACUGGAGUCAGGGACAUUGGAGCAUCCGUUUCGGUCUGUCGUCGGCCGUUGUUGCUCUUUAGAGCUUCCAAGAGGAGACAGGAGAACAGAUCCAAGCACCUCAAAGGUGGCUUAAAUAAGGUGCUUUCAGAGGUGGACUAAAUGAAGGUUGUGGCGUCGAGAAAAUUUGAUAAGCAGAUCCGGAUAGUCCUUUUGUCUUUGCU